AUGAGAUUAAAUAACACCAAAUUAGCAACAUUGCCAUUGAUUUGGGCUCUGUUCUAUAUUUUAAACAUAAAUGUAGAAGGCAAACCUGAAUCUGGUAAAAUCGAGGGGCCUAUCAUUGGUAUAGAUUUGGGAACGACUUUUAGUUGCGUGGGAGUCUACAAGAAUGGACGUGUUGAAAUUAUUGCCGAUGAGAAUGGUGAUCGUAUUACACCUUCAUAUGUUUCUUUUGUCGAUGGUGAACACAAGGUUGGAAUGGCUGCCAAAAAUGAAGCAACUGUGAAUGCAGAAAAAACUGUCUUUGAUGUGAAGCGUUUGAUUGGUCGCCAAUAUGGUGAUGAUGAUGUCCAAAAUGACAUGAAAUUGUUGCCUUACAAGAUUGUAAACAAGAAUUCACGCCUUCACGUCAGGAUUAAUGAUAACGGCAAAGAGAAGGAUUAUGCCCCCGAGGAGAUUAGUUCAAUGGUUUUAAAGAGAAUGAAGACUUUGGCUGAAAAUUACUUGGGAAAAGAAGUUAAGAAGGCAAUCAUCACUGUCCCUGCAUAUUUCAAUGAUUCUCAACGUCAGGCUACAAAAGAUGCCGGUACUAUUGCUGGGUUGGAUGUCAUCCGUAUCAUAAACGAACCAACUGCUGCUGCUAUUGCUUAUGGUAUUGACAAGGCAAAUGUUGAAUCAAAUAUCUUGGUUUACGAUUUGGGUGGUGGUACAUUCGAUGUUUCCUUGCUUUUGUUGGAUUCUGGUGUUUUUGAAGUUGUUGGUACCGGCGGUGAUACUCAUUUGGGGGGUGAAGAUUUCGAUCGUAGAGUAAUGGAUCACUUUGUCAAAUUGAUCAAGAAUAAGCAUAACAUAGAUCUCAAGGGUAAUAAGAAGGCUCUUCAAAAGUUGCGUAAGGAGGUUGAGCUUGCCAAGCGUACCCUUUCAGCAAAGACCGAAACUACUGUAGAAAUUGAGGAUCUUGUUGACGGCUUUAACUUCUCUGAGAGUCUUACCCGUGCCAAGUUUGAAAGUUUGAAUCAGGAUUUAUUCGAUAAAACCCUUGAUACAGUAAAGUCCGUUCUCAAAGAUGCUAACAUGACAACAGAUGAAAUCAAUCAAAUUGUCUUGGUUGGUGGUUCGACCAGAAUCCCCAAAAUUAGGGAAAUGAUCAAAGAACACUUUGGAAAGGAGCCUGAUGUAAGUAUUAACGCAGAUGAGGCGGUAGCUUAUGGUGCGGCCAUGCAAGGUGGUAUAUUGACAGGAGAAUCUUCUCAGGAUUUGCUUCUUUUGGAUGUGUGUCCAUUAUCUCUCGGUAUUGAAACUUUGGGUGGAAUUAUGUCAGUCAUUAUCGAAAGGAACACUAUGAUUCCUGCCAAUAAAUCACAAAUUUUCUCAACAUCUACCGAUAACCAAACAACUGUUACCAUCCAUGUCUUCCAGGGAGAGAGGAAAAUGACCAAGGACAAUACUCACCUUGGAAAAUUCGAUCUUACAGGAAUACCACCAGCACCUAGAGGAACUCCACAAAUUGAAGUUACUUUUAAUGUAGACACCAAUGGUAUUCUGAGUGUUACUGCCCAUGAAAAGGGAAGUGGAAACAAGCGUGACAUCGUAAUCACACCAGAAAAGGGAAGGCUUUCACAAGAUGAAAUAGAUCGCAUGAUCAAGGAUGCUGAAGCCAACGCUGAAAAGGACAAGGAACUAUUCGAAAACAUACAGAGCAGGCAGGCUCUUGAUGCCUACAUUGAUAGUAUGAAGAAGACCGUUAAGGAUGACAAACUCGGAAAGAAACUUGAUGAGCAUGAUCGCAGCUCAAUUCUUGAGGCUUUGUCGGAAGCUGAAUCGUGGUUAUCAUCAACUCCUAAUGCUGAAACAGAAGAGCUCGCAAAUAAACAAAAGGAACUUGAGAAUAUUUGCAACCCUAUAAUCAGUAAGAUCUAUGGAUCAUCUGAACAGACUGAUGACACAGGCUACAGUGACGAACUCUAA